GGGAGCGGGGCUGUGAGGGCAGUGCCGGGGAAGAUCAGAUCAUGGGCGAGCACCGGCGCGAUCAGAGCUGUGAGGGAGGCACCGAGGGAAGACGGACUGAGGGGAAUGCUGUGGAGAUUGAGGCUGUGAGGACCCAGCCAGCUGUGGGAAACCGGAGGGAGCGGGUCUGAGACAUGCUGAGGGAGCGGAUCAGGCCCGUGCAAAGACCAGGGGCCUCAUGGUGGCCUGACAGUGCCCUGUUGACACCCGUCACACAGGUGGCUGGCCUGGGCAACUAUGGGCUGUGGGGCACACGGCACAGUGUGGGCAUGGAGGUGCUGGACCGGCUGGCCCGGCAGCUGGCUGUGGCUGAGGGCUGGCGAGUGGACAAGCGGUGCUGUGCUGAUGUGGCCCUGGCCACAGCCCAUGGCCUGGAGCUGGUGCUGCUCAAGCCGCGGAGGUUCAUGAACCUCAAUGGGCUCAGCGUCGCCAGUGCUGCUGAGAUCUACAGUCUUGGCCCUGAAGAUAUUUACCUGGUUCACGACGACCUGGACAAGGCCCUGGGCAAGGUGGCAAUCAAGCUGGGAGGCAGCGCAAGGGGACACAACGGAGUCCAGUCCUGCAUCAGUGCUUUGCACUCUAGUGAGAUGACCCGGCUCAGGAUCGGCAUCGGGCGGCCAGAGGGUGAUGUGACAGUGUCCAACUAUGUCCUGUCUCCGUUCACUGCUGGGGAGCGGGAGAAGCUGGAGCAGAUCCUGGUCCAGGCAGUGACCUGCCUGCUGGAGCACAUCCAGAGCCGAGUGCCUACAGAGCCAGGGGACAGGGGCUGACACAAACCCCUGGGGACCCUUGUGGGAUGGACAAGGGUGCUGCAGGUGCUCUGGAGUGACCGUGGUGCGGAGCAGAGCUGGCCCAGAUGGGCAGCCUGGCUGGGCGCUGGGGCAGCCUCCUUCCCUACACCAGUCCAGGCAGUUCAUGUCCCACUUGAGUCCCUGCAGAGGCUCCAUACCUCAGUUUGUCACAGAAAUUAAAUAAAACCUCAUCCUGACUCUGA